AUAGCGGGACCGCGUUUGUGUGCAACUUGUGUCUGUCCUUGCAGUUUACAGCCAGGUUUACAGCGCCGCUUUCAGUGCCCAAAACGAUGUACCGAGAAGAACAAACAUUCAAGUACUGACAUGUAAAUAACUUCAAGAAGACUGGCGCUCGAUAUCCAGUCCAGGAGCUGUGCAAGCGCGUUGUCGCCGGUUCGUGGCGACUAGUGCGCCGUUUUACCCUUUCGUGGUCACUUGCCGACAUGCAUCUUCGGGUGGGCCACGUCCCCACGCAUGCGGCGCCUUCCUGUCCAAAUAGUCGUCAUAGCAGAACUACUGCAGCUCCAGCAUGUGGCGCUUCAAGCAGCCGGGGCUUGAACCACGCAGUCGGAGCUGUCGCCUCGCCGCAGGCUCCGUACAGCCUGCCAGGCGAGACCCCGGGCGUUCGCCAGCGGCUGGUCUCUAACAGGCAGUGGCUGCGCCCUACCGCAUGGAGUACGGCACCGGGGAAGUGCGCUGGAGCAGCGAGGCGAGCCGUGGUGGCCGCAUCAGCAGCCCAAGCCCAGAAUGGCGUGGAUGCUGCAGUGCUGCAGAUAGCGGAUGGCCUGCCCAUCAGGGAGUGUCUGGAGGAGGUGCUCACGGGUCUGGACCGCAGCAGCGGCAUGGUGCUGCAGGCGCCGCCGGGCGCUGGCAAGACGACGGUGGUGCCGCUGGCGCUGCUGCGCCACAACCCAGAGUAUCUGCGAGGCAGCAACAACAAGAUACUGGUCCUGGAGCCGCGGCGUGUGGCCGCCAAGGGCGCGGCGCGGCGCAUGGCGGCCUCGCUGCGGCAGAACGUGGGCGGCACGGUGGGCUACCGCGUGCGACUGGACACUAAGGUCAGCGCCGCCACGCGCAUCGAGGUGGUGACGGAGGGCAUCCUGUUGCGGCGGCUGCAACAUGACCCCGAGCUGGAGGGCGUCGGCGCCGUGGUGUUUGAUGAGUUCCACGAGCGCAACCUCGAUGCGGACGUGGCGCUGGCGCUGUGUGCCGACGUGCAACGCCUGGCGCGGCCCGACCUCAGGCUGGUGGUGAUGUCUGCCACUCUGGGCGGCGGGCUUGGCGACCGAGUGCAGCAGCUGCUAGCGGAGGCCGCGGGGCCGGAGGCCGGGGAGCAGGAGGAGGGAGCCGAGGCGGGCUCGAACCGUGGGGUGCCGCUGGUGGUGAGUGAGGGCCGCUGCUACCCCGUCACCACCAAGCACCUGGGCCGGCCUGACGCAACCGAGCGGGGGGCUUUGGAGCGGGCGGUGGCGGACGCGGUGACGAUGGCGCUACGGGACGGCGGCGCAGCGGAGUCCGGCGACGACGGGGUGGGCGGCGACGUGCUGGUGUUCGUGCCGGGCGUGGGCGAGAUCCGGAACGUGGAGCGCCUGCUCAUGGAGGACGGCGUGGACCGCAAGUACGGAGUGCGGCUGAUGCAGCUGCACGGCAACAUGGCGCCGGACGAGCAGGAUGAGGUGUUGCGACCGCAGCAGCAGGGCAACAGCGCUCGCGAGCGGCGGCGGCGGCGCGUCAUCUUGUCCACACCCAUCGCCGAGUCGUCGGUAACCAUUGACGGCGUCACUGCGGUGGUGGACAGCGGCCUGCGCCGCGCGCCGCGGUACGACCCGUCAACUGCCAUCAACCGCCUCGAAACGAUUCGCAUCAGUGAGGCGUCAGCGGAGCAGCGCCGCGGCCGCGCCGGCCGCACAGCCCCGGGCCGCUGCUAUCGGCUGUGGUCGGAGCGCGACUCGCUGCCGGCCGUGUCAGAGCCCGAGAUCCUCACCGCCGACCUGGCGCCCACUGCCCUGGAGCUCGCGCUGUGGGGCAGCCCCGACGGCAGCGGUCUGCCCUGGCUGGACCCGCCCCCGGCAGACCUGAUGGAGGCAGGCCGUGAGCUGCUGCUGGACCUGGGUGCGGUGGAGGCGGGCGUGGGGCGGCCCACCCCACAUGGGCGGCUGCUGGCGCGGCUUGGCGUGCACCCGCGCUGGGGGCACGCGGUGCUGCGCGGCGCAAGCCAGAGCUGCGCGGAGUUGGCAGCGGUGGUUGCGACCAUGUUGGGGAGUGAGCGGGACGUGCUGCGGGGCGGCGGCGGCGGGCCGCGCAGUGCAGACAUCAUGCUUCGGCUUGAGGCGCUGGCGCGAGACGACCGUGCCCUGGAUUAUGCGGCGGCCAAGCGCAUCAUUCAGGGCGCCCGAUCUAUGGCGGCGAUGGCGACGGCAACCGUGGCGUCAGCGAAGCAACGAGCCACCUCCUCGGCCUCGGCGAAAUCGUCAAGUGAGGGUAACGCCACUGACGACGAGGAUGCCGCGGUUGCGGCGGCGCUUGGCGAGGCCGGCGCCGAGGCCUUGGAGUCAGCGGACGCUUCCGAGGACGAGGGAGACGCUGGUCCUGCCAGCACCACCACCUGGAGCAGCGCUGCGCCUCCGGCCGGCCCUAGCGGUCGGGGCACAGGAGCUGCCAGCAGCGCGGCCGCCUUCGACGCGGCGUGGCGGGAGCAGCUGUCACGCGAGGGGCUGGUGGGCGCGCUGGUCGCGGCCGCAUACCCGGACCGCAUUGCGGAGCGGAAGGACCGCUCUAACAAGCGCGCGGCCUUCACGCUGUCGUCAGGUCAGGUGGUGCGUCUGCCGUCAGAGGACGACCCGCUUGCAUCUUUCGAGUAUGUGGCAGUGGCGGAGAUCGGGGGCGUGGGGCCGGCGGCGGCAUGGCGGCGCGACGGCGGCGGCAAUGACAGCAUCCGCUCCGCCGCGGGGCUCAGCAGUUUGGCCAUCAAGCGCUACCUGUCGGACAUGAUUCAGGACCGCGAGGUCGUCUUCUGGGCGAGCGGCGCCAAACAGGUGCUGGGGCGGCGGCAGAAGCGGCUCGGCUGCCUGGUGCUGUCGGAGCAGUCAGCGCCCGUCAGCGACGACAAGGCCAUGCCGGCCCUUCUCAAGGGCUUUAAGGAGAUGGGCGGCAUUCGCGCCGUGUCUCUCAGCAAGGAAGUGGAGGCCUGGCGCCAGCGCGUCAUCUGGUUGCGCACCCAGGCCCAGGCCAAGGCGGCGGGCUCCGCCGCAGCCGGCGGCGGUGGCGGCGGCGGCGGCGGCGGCGGCGGUGGCGGCGGCGGCGGCGGCGGCGGCGGCGGCGGUGGCGGCGGCGGCUCCAGCACCACCGCCAAGGGCCUAGCUGCGCUGCCCGACCUAAGCGACACGGGCCUGCUCAACAGCGCGGCAAAGUGGCUGGCGCCGCAUCUUUCGGGCGCGCGCAGCAAGUCUGACAUGCUCAAGCUACAGUGGGGCCAGAUCAUCAAGUCGCUGGUUCCCUGGGAGCUGCAACAGCUGGUGGAGGCGGAGGCCCCCACGCACCUGAUGCUGCCUACUGGCACCCGGGCGCUCGUGGACUACAGCGGGGACACGCCGUGUGUGCGCUGCAAACUUCAGGAGGUGUUUGGCCUGCCUGACACGCCUCGCCUGGCGGGCGGCCGCAUCCCCCUCACUCUGGAGCUGCUGUCACCCGGGGGCCAGCCGGCAGCGGUGACCUCGGACCUCGCCUCCUUUUGGCGCAACUCUUACCCGGACGUGCGCAAGGACCUGCGCGGCCGCUACCCCAAGCACGUGUGGCCAGAAGACCCGCUACAGGCCGAGGCGACCCGGAUGACCAAGAAGGGGCUGGAGCGGCAGAAGGAGCGCGAGCAGGUUGCGGCAGCAGCAGCGGGCGGGAAAGGCGGGAGUGGAGGUGGAGGCGGCUUGGGUGCUGCGGGCAAGGGGGGAUCAGGCAGUACUGGCAAGGCAGGUGUUGGCAGCAAGAAGAAGAAGUGAUUACUGGUCCGCAACUUCGCUACGUCUUUAAAUGCUAAGCCGCAUGUAAGCCGAAGUGGCA